AUGUCUUUGACAUUCUCGGAUAUUUGCAAUGAUCUCAAAACAUUUCUGGAAAGUAUUUGUAGAACUUGUAGCAGGAUUGAUAAUGGUGAAGGGCAAUUGCAAUUUAAGCGUAUAUUUGCAACUACGGAGGAGUCUCAAACUGUGUUUAUCAAUGAAGCUUCAGAGCUCCGUGUAAGUGACGAAAUCAAAGAUGUGUAUGACGAAUUGUUGCUUUGGAAACUAAAUAUUAAACCAAAUGAUGGAUUACCGCAGCAGAUUUGUCACGACUGUUUGGAACGUUUGAACGGAGUUAAACAUUUUCAUAAUCUUUGUCUUGAUACGCAGACGCUUUUACAAUCCUAUAUUAACCAUGUUGACACUCUGCUUGAGUCUGGCAGCUUGGGACGUUUAUCACCGCGUGGUGAAUCCGUAAAAAGUGAGUCACGUAUUUCCCCAGGACCUGGUUUGUUUAAUCCCGAAGAUUUAGUAGAGGAAUCACCGGAGACUCCCGAACGCUCUGUUUUAACACCGAACUCGCCACAUUUAAGUCCAAAGAGCCAACUAAGUCCUCGCCACAAUAAAGAAGUAGUAUAUGCCGAAAGUUCUAUGGGCACACCGCCACCACUUUUUGAUGAAAUGAAUACGGAACCCAUUGACAUGGAGACAAUGGAAUAUUUAAAAGCUGAAUCAGAUCCGGAAAUGAAAUUAAAUAGCAAUCUGCAAAGUGGUGGACCUUCAUCAGAUAUCUUGCAUCCAUUAAAUUUUAUCAGUAGCAGUGAAGAUGAAGACUCUGAUGGAGGCACAGUUACCGAUACUGAGACAGAUGCAAUGUCAUACGACUCAAAUUACGCACCGCGUCAGCCUUUGCAAUGUAAUAUUUGCAUGGCUAUAUUUCCUAAACGUUGUUUAUUAAAAGAACAUCGCUUACGCAUGCAUCCACAAGAAAAGCCAUAUAUUUGCAAUAUAUGCUCGAAAGGAUUCAAAACAAAUUUUCAGCUGUCCCAGCAUAAACACAAACAUAGCCGCCUCGAUUCUAUUAAGUGUGAACAAUGCGGCAAACAUUUUCGCAGUCAACUACAUCUGCAACGCCACAACAAAAACUUUCAUCUUACUUCCACAUAUACAUGCCACAUAUGUAAUGAAAAAUUCGAAAAUUACACGCAAAUGCGAUUUCAGUAUCAUGUGCGGCAACACGGUGAAAAACGUUUUCAGUGCCAAUUCUGCGAGAAGUCAUUCCAUCAAAAAAUUCAUCAAAUCAACCAUGAGCGUACACACACAAAGGAGCAGCCUUUCUGUUGCGAUGUCUGCGGAAAACGUUACCGCCAGCAAACAGCUUGCAGGGAGCACAUGUUGACUCACAAGGACCCAACACCUUUUAAAUGCUCAAUAUGUCAAAAAGGUUUCACACAACGCUCAAGUUUACGCUUGCAUUUGCGGGGCCACAGUAAACAUAAUAAUAAAACGAUUUUCAAUUGCGAUUUGUGUGGACAAAAGUUCACGAAAGAAUCACAUUAUGAAUGGCAUCAAUUAAACCAUAAAACAUAUUGCACGGAAUCGAAAAACCUAUUUGGAUUGGAAAAUCCAACCCAUGUAAACGCACAUGGAAUAUCUCAUAAAACUUUUUAUUGUAAAUUUUGUGAUAAAUCGUUUCAAAAACAACAGUUACUUUUACUGCAUGAACGACAGUAUCAUGGAAACAUGGUCGAAGAAGAGGGCGACUCGGAGAGCGGACAUCUCUAUAAUUCGCACUUUAAAUUAGAUCGUGUAUUACCACACCGGACUGAAGGCAACAUUGACAAAGAUAUAUUAUCGUUAUUUACUUCAUAAACUUAUUGCUAACCGCUUAUAAAAUCUGUAUUAAUAUUCUUGAUCUAUAAAUAAAACUGACUUAUACACCUA